CUCUAACGGAAUUUAAUGGAGGAGUUAAUCGCAGACAAGUACAAAGUCAUGAAGAAAUUGGGAAGUGGCUCAUUUGGUGAGAUCCACCUUGUUGUUGAUACUGAGACUGGCCUGGAAUACGCUGUCAAGUUAGAAAGCGCAAAGACAAAAAUGCCCCAGCUUUUGUAUGAGGUGAAGUUAUAUAAGGUCCUUUCGGGAGGCACUGGGGUCCCUGAUGUCCACUGGUAUGGGCUCAGUGGCGAUCAUAAUUGUAUGAUCAUGGAUCUUUUGGGAAGAGAUUUAGAAGAUCAGUUCGAAUACUGCAAGCAUAAAUUCACUUUACAGACUGUUUGCAUGUUGGCAGAACAAAUGUUACAUCGUAUUGAGUACCUCCACUCAAGAAGUUUCAUUCACAGAGAUAUCAAACCAGAAAACUUCUUGUUCGGCAUUGGUAAGAAGAGGCAUACUCUACAUCUCAUUGACUUUGGUCUUGGAAAAAUGUACAGAAAUAUUAAAACAGGAGAGCAUGUUGAGAUGACUACAGAGAGAAGCUUAAUUGGAACCGCUAGAUAUGCAUCUAUCAAUGCACAUCUAGGCUAUGAGCAAAGCCGGAGGGAUGACAUGUGCUCGAUAGGAUAUUGCCUUGUGUACUUCCUUAAAGGAACCCUUCCUUGGGUUGGAAUCAAGGCAAAGACAAAGAAGGACAAAUAUGACCUUAUCCAAGAUAAGAAGUUGGCUACCAGUGUGGAAGAGCUUUGAGAAGGAGCUCCAAAGCAAUUUGAGAAGUACAUCACUUACUGACAAAGCCUAAAAUUUGAAGACAAGCCUGAUUACUCCUUCUGAAGGAGGUUUUUUAGAGAAGUUAUGAAGCAGAAUAAAUAUAGAAAUGACCCAGAGCGUUUUGAUUGGGUAGUCAGAAAGAAUGCACUCAAGAAGAUGCAAAGCAAAAAGGCUAAUCAGGAGAACAAUAAGGUCCCAAAGUCUCCAACUAAUGAUACCAGUGCUUUAUCAAAGAAAGCAUUAGGCAAGAACUCCAAAGAAAAUAAGAUCCAGAGCACUAUUAAAAAGCGAGUUGUGCAUAAGAAGCAGAAGUCUUGUGGUUCUCCAGAGGCAAUUGCCUCGAUUAAUACCUCAAAAAUGUUGAAAACCUUGAAUUCCAAUGCCUUAGGAGGACUUUUAAGUACUAGAAAUUUAAAAACUUCAAGCAUGCUUAAGAAGAACUCUAACAUAAGAAGCAGAAUGAAAUCAAGCAUUUCUUCAAAUAUGAUAGCAGGGUUGAAAACAAUGGUUUCUAAUAACAGCAACAAAAAGUCAAUGUUAGGAGCUAAGACAAAGAAUUUAGCUAGGUUAAGGAAGAUCAAUGAGAACAAUAGGAAAGAACUACUGACUAGAUUAUAAG